AUGGAAGGUGACAAGAGUGCUACUGAGCCCGACAGGGAGGAUGUCAAGGCUUUUGCGAUGCCCUUGCACAUGGUAGAAAAGGACAUGAGUUUCGAAGAGAGAAAGAAUCUGCUUUUGCUGAACCAAAUCAUCGUGUUCAUCCUGAACACGUCUCACUACAUGACAGAUCUGAUCUAUGCCCUCUACUACCUUUCGAAUUGCGAAGGCACUGGGGAAGUCAAGGACGGCGAAGGCCAGGACAAACUGGGACAGCAGGACAGUAACAUAGUGGAUCAACUCUCUCAGAUCCGGAAGCAACUGUAUACCCUUGCGGCCCAGUUUAGAAGCAAUUUUCGACAAAUGCUGGACGAGUCUAACAUGGCCAGCCUGGAUUCAGCACCGAAGUUCCGGAAAUUGAUCGACCGCAAUCUGAUCUGCGUCCUUGGAGUCAUCAACGAGUUGUUGAUCUCCGAGAUGAAGAGCAUAUCCGAGCCGCUGUCGAUGCAGUUACACAACUGUCUCAUGGGUUUCGCCAAUAUCUACCAGUUCCUGAGGAAAGUGCCGAUACAUCACCAGUACAAGAUUACGAAGCCGCAGCUGGACGUGCUACUGAAAGCGUUGGGCCAAGAGCUCAUUCCCAGUUGGAAAUACCAACUGGAUCUACUGAAUUUCAAGCUUUUCAACCUCCUGGCGUCGCAUCCGAGCAUAGUGGCCCAGUACCGAGACGCUACAGGCGACACCGUCUCAGACGUACGAGACGGCCCCGGGUUCAAACGGUUCGUAACCUGGCUGAAAGAUGAGAUAGUAGGUAAGGCAGCAUUUUAG